CGCAUCAUUUGUGCGACUGUGCUCAAUGCUGCCGAUCUGUCGGUGACCAGGUGAUAGACAUGGGGCUCUGCUCUUUAACACAUCAGAUCGAUGCCUUAAACAUCCUUCAUGAACUGCGAGCUCACGCCACAGCCAGUAAUGCAGAUGGCGAAGGCCAGUGUUCAGGUGCUUUAUCGGCCGGUAAAGUCGUGGUUCGCCCGGGCGAUGUGAUGAAGGAGCCCCGCAGGAUGAAGACCAUCGCGGAGAGAGCUCGAGAGAGCUGCCUCACACGACUGCUCGAGAUACUGACACAGCUCAUAUCUGUCGAGGAAGACUUUAUAAAAGAGGUUUCCUACGAGAAGAGUUUGCUCAAGCGUAAGGACAGUGUUGAGCUGAAGAACAUAUGCUUGAGAAUGGCUAUUGCAGAAGGUUAUUGCUCUAAUAGAGAUUUGAGGGAACUUCGGGACUGUCUUCGACAUAUUGUCGGUAACCUGCUCGCAUGUGUGCGAGAUGAAAACAAUCUCUCGUCCACCGUGACCACUCGCAGACUGAGGGAGCUAUCCAACUCCUUCCCUGAUAUCUGAAGAUGGAGAGAUUUGUGAAUUCUAAGGAACUACCUCUAGCUCGUAAACAAGAACACACUACCUUUUCUUAGAAAAGAAACAAGCCAAGAACUAUCCGUGAAUCAUCAAUAAAUGUGAAAUCCGAUUCUGAUUGAAGGUGUUGAUCUUCACAAGAAGUGUUUUGCGAUGAAAGCUGUCUAUAUCUCCAGCUUUUUGAGAGUUGUCUUCGUAUUUAUUGUUUUGCGUCAGUCAGUACUCAAGCCUAAGGAUGACAAAACAACAUUCUCUCAACGCAUGCCAGUAUCAUGAGUCUGUACUCUGCUGACUGUACAGGUAAAUCAAGUCUAAUAGCUGCUAGUGCUGAAUCCACUCUCAACUCAGCGGAUGGGAUGGCUGUCACACCUCGGGAUGGUCUGGUGUGGCCGCCUUUGUCAUCUGCUAAAAAAAGAGUUAAGGAGUGUUUUGGGUGGGGGAGGGGAGUGUAUAAAAUGCAUGUUGUAUUUGUGUAUUUGUGAAAUUAAAGGAUUACGAUAUUACAGUGUAAUUAUGUUCCAAAUAAAAUCAUUUUCAGUGUUACAA